UCCAGCAAAGCGGGCACCACCCACCACCAGGUGGCAGCUUUGGAGUCUGGGGUGCUUUUGAUGGCUGCCCAUGCGGGGCACUGGUGGCUCCCUCUGGGACCCCGCUUCCGUUGAUGCUUGAGUAUCACCCUUCUGGUGCCCUCAGAGGCUAUGACUCAGGUGAAAGGAGUCCGUCUUGCCCAGCCCCUUGGUCUCAUGCAGCCUUUCAGCAUCCCGGUUCAGAUUACACUCCAGGGUGGCCGGCAACGCCAGGGGAGGAAAGCCUUAUCUACCUCAGGGAGGAAGAGAAAUACAGACCACAAUGGUGGGCACCCACCGAAUGGGCCAAAACAGCUGCCUUCCAGUGCUGGAGAGGACCGAGCCAUGCUGCUUGGGUUCACAAUGGUGGGCUUCUCAGUUCUAAUGUUCUUCUUGUUUGGAAUAACUAUCCUAAAGCCCUUCAUGCUCAGUACUCAGAGAGAAGAAUCUAACUGCACUAUCAUCCAUACAUGUAUCACGGAUGACUGGUUGGACUGUUCUUUCACCUGUGGUGUGGAUUGCCAGGGUCAGGGCAAGUACCCUUGUCUGCAGGUGUUUGUGAACCUCACCCAUUCAGGUCAGAAAGCUCUCCUACAUUAUAAUGAAGAGGCCGUCCAGAUAAAUUCCAAGUGCUUUUACACACCGAAGUGCCACCAAGAUAGGAGUGAUUUGCUUAACAGCACUCUGGACAUGAAGGAGUUCUUCGAUCACAAAAAUGGGACCCCCUUUUCAUGCUUCUACAGUCCAGACAGCCAGUCUGAAGGUGUCAUUCUCAGAACAAAGUACAACCGAACGGCUAUCUUCCACUGUUUCUUUUGGCCUUCGUUGACUCUGCUGGGUGGUGUCCUGAUUGUUGGCUGGGUGCGAUUAACACAGUACCUGUCCCUGCUGUGUGAACGAACGGUACAGCGCUGCAUUCAGGGUGGCCAAGUAUCUUAUAGGGAGCAGUAUCGAUUCAAACUUGGAGUGUGGGGAGAAGCAAGGGGAGGGGCAGAGAAAGCUUAUUAAGGUGGUGGCCAAAUUGAAGUCCUGGCUUUAAGACACCUGGGAUUUCUGCACUUGAGGACUUAAUUAUGCCUGCUUGCAAACUAGCCACAAGAGGCAGUUAAGUAUAAUAUGGGAAUGAAAAGAAAAUUUUUAAGUCUCACAUGUAUUCUAUUUAUCUUAUAAAUACAUACAGAUUCACCAUCUUUUCUACUCAAAAUCUCUUUCCACAUGAGCCAAAGAAGCACUUUUUGUACUCACAUGGUAAAAUGAGCUCAAGGUAGCUGUCCUUUAUCUAAUCUCAGCUCUAGCUAGAACUUGUCAAUGUGGAAAGAAUGAUGAGGGUAUGCAACCUACUGAGCACUGAACAACCAGUCUAGUUCUAUGCAGUGUACUUCACAUUAAAAUAGAUCUCAGAAAAAUUCCAGAUGAAGAACAGUUCACUCACCAGAGGAAGAUGGUGACUGGGUAAUCUAAAACGUGGGUCUGCCACUUUACUUCCCAUUCACAAUAGAGGGAAGCCCCUGCCUCGAAAAUUCACUAAGUUUAGAGUUAUCUGUACCUAACUUUCCUAUGUACCAUGUAAUUUUUCUUUCAGCAAUAUAUUUUUCCUUAAUUACUCUUCCUGUAAGCUCAUGUAGUUCUUGGUACACUUUCUGGAGAGAUGGCUAGAAAUGUGUUGUGAAGUAGGUAAGCUGUAGUGGAUGGAGUUUAAAAUUCGUCUCGGGUAGUCUACACUGUAGAGAAGUCUCACCUGGAUACUCAACAACUGUCCAUACAUUAACUGAGGAAUAAACUGUGGGUAUUAAAUCAUGAAAGUCACAAGACUCUCCCAACAGGUUCCUCCCAGAUUAAGCUGAAUAUGAGUUGAAAACCCGUUCUGAAAACCAACAUGCCUUAAAGUAGCUUUGAAAUUUUACUAAGAAAAUCUACUUCAUGGACAACAGAAAGAGACUUGAAGCAACGUUUGCAUGUAGAUGUUAUCAAACCGAAACUUUGAUCCUCGGCCAAUUCGAUGCCUUUUAGAAAUUAAAGUCACAAAUUACCAAAUAAACAAUCAAACUGAGCAACAUUGACUUGGCCAGUAGUAAACAAUUUUCGUGUUUUCUCCUCUUUCUGGUGUGGAGUGGUAGAACUCGUGUCUCAGAGCAAGAGUUAUUUGAAUAUUUUAGGCCAGAAUUGUAACUUUUCAGAAUGUAUCCUUGGGCAAUUUGGCUGAAUUGGUAGAGCCUCUCUUUUCAUCUGUCAAAUGGGGAUAAUCUCUUCUUUCAGCAGGUUAUCUUAGGGAAUAAACAAUGCAGAGUAUGUGAAACACCUAGUGCAGUUUCUGGUACCCAGUAGAGGUACUUAAAGAUGUUAGUAGGUAACAAAAAUAUUCUCCUAAGUUUCACUAUUCAGUCAGCUUUGUCCCUCUCCUGGCUCUAUACCCGAAGGAAAUGCAAUCAGUACCUCCAAGAGACAUCUGCACUCUCCUGUUCACAAGAACAUUAUUCACAAUGACCAAGAUGUAGAAAUAACCUAAGUGUCCAUCAACAGACUAAAGAAAUUGUGGUUAUAGAUAACGUAUGUAUAUACACAUACAAAAGAAUAUUAUUUAGUCUUAAAAAAGGAGAUCCUAUUUGCAAUAACACAAAUGAACAUGGAGGGUAUUAAUUAAAAUAAGCCAGACACAGAAAAGAGAAAACUGCAUUUCACUUGCACACAUGUGGAAUCUAAAAAAGUCGAAUCCAUAGAAACAGAGAGAAGUAUGGUGGUUAUUAGGAGUAGGGAGGUGGGGGAGAUGUUGGUUAGAGGGUACAAACUUUCAGUUAUAAGGGAAAUAAAUCUAGAGGUUUAGUACACAGCAUGAAGACUAUAGUUAAUAACUGUUGUCUUGAAUACAGGGAAUUUAGUGUAGAUUUCAGGCGUUCUCAUCACAUACACAGUAACUGUGAGAUGACAUGUUAAUUAGCUAGACUGUAGUAAUCAUUUCACUAUAUAUAUCAAAUCAUUACAUUGUAUACCUUAAAUACAUACAAUUCUUAUUAAAAAGAAAAUGUCCAGAACAUGCUGUUCAAAAGGUUGUGGUUGCCCUGGCUGGUGUGGCACAAUGGAUUGUGUUCUGGCCUAUGAGCCAAAAGGUCGCUGGUCGGAUUCCCUGUCAGGGCACGUGCCUGCAGUGCAGGCCGGGUCCCUGGUUGGACAGUGUGUGCAAGAGGCAACCGAUGAACGUUUCUCUGGCACAUCAAUGUUUCUCUCCCUCUCUUUUCC